AUGAGGAUUCACCUGCUUUGGCUGCUGCCUCUGCUCCUACUUGUGUGGCCAGCCCAGGCGCUGAGGUGUCAUCAAUGCACUGCAAGGGGGAAUUGCCUAAAUGCUACAACUUGUGGUGACAACACCCAGUACUGCCUGACCACCUGGAACAGUCCCCCAGGCCAGAAAAUGAUUGUUAUAAAAUCAUGUGCUUACACUUGUCCUGGCUUUCAACAGAGCUUGGAUUCCUCCUGGGCCUCCUGCUGCAACACAGACCUCUGCAAUAGUGCCAUGAGCCGCCGUGCCAGCUGGGGGCUGCUGGCACUCAGUGUCUGGUGUGUCUACCUCAACAGAUAG